AUGGGAGCUGGAUCUUACAGGUUCGGUGGUACCCAGCGCCAAUCUGAUGUGAAAAAGUUCUACAACGGGCACAAAUCCGGCAAUGGGAUCUGGGACAAGACACAUGCUCCGUUCUCCCCCAUCAAAAUCUGGUCGGUGACCACGGGUUCGUUGUUGGACUCUCUCUGUGGUUCAGACGCUCCAGUAACGUCUGUGGUUCUGCACAAAGGCGUCGUGGUUUCCGCCUCCUCGGCUGCCGCCUGUGUUCACCUGUGGAGUCUGAAAUACGACGAGCGCCACAAACCAACCGCCCACAUCCCUGCAGGCUCCGCCCACGUCGCCCUCACUAAAGACGCAGAGCGAGUUUUCUACGUCAGGCAGCAAAACCAGAUGGAGGUCAUCGGCUGGAACAACCUCACAAGUUCUCUGUCGGAGCGCUUUGCGGUCUCGGCUCAGGUCUGCUGUCUGGACGUGGCUCAGCACAAACGGCUGCUGUUCUGCGGUCUGACCACCGGCACCGUCCUGAUCUUCCCGUUAGCGCUCCCCCAGGAGACGCUCUGCAUCCCCCCCCCAGAGAGCCUGAGCGGCGUGCUCUGCCUCGCCGUCAGCUCUCAGGAGAAACACAUGGCGGUAGCCUACGAGGACUCGGUGUGUCUGUUUGAGAUCACCAGCAGAGACAGCUUCCCCAUGGUGGAGGGACCCCUGCAGACGUCCCCCCUGUCCCUCCUGCACGCCCCCCUGUCCUCCAUGGCGCUGCUGCCCGACCGCCGGCUGCUCUACGGGACGAGCUGCGGCGAGGUGAAGCUGCUCGACUUCAGCAGCAGCAGCAGCUCAGACCUGGAGAAUCACCACAGCAGGGUGACGUGUGUGACCGUCAGUAACUGGGGGACUCACGCCCUGGUGGGCUCCGAGGACGCCGUCCAGAGGCUGUGGGCCCUGAACCCACCGGUCCUCGACCACACCAUGGAGUUCAAGGGUUUUUUCUUCGAGGGCGUCCUCUCGGCUGCUUUCUCUGAGAGCGAUAAAUUCGUCUUCACAGGAUCUCAGGACAGAACGGUCAAAGUGUGGGACGUUGCUUCAGGUAACCUUCUGUACGUCCAGUACGUCUACUCCCCGGUGGUCAGGAUGGUGACGUUCAGGAACGGCUUCGUGGCGUUGACUCGCGGGGGCGUGGUCAUCAGGGAGGUGUUUGGGUGUCCGGAUCACGUCGGUCCGGACUGGAACCCUCUGAGGAACGUGAAGGCUCAGUACAGAGUCACCUCCAGAGAGAAGAAGGGGGGCGCUCUGCGGAGCUCCGAGUCCGACCUGCAGGACUUUAACCCCGCCCAGUUCAACCUGAACCUCAUGAGCAUGCUCAAAGCCAACCCCUCCCCCGCCUGUCUCAUACUGUAGGACAGUGAGGCCCAAACUGGGGCUCCGGGACCUUAAGAGGCCCUGAGGUUAUAACACUGUGCUGCCUCGUUUAUAAAAUUACAUUUAUCCUCACGUCCAAAAACUUUAG